UUUUUUUUAAAUCAGCUACUACGUGUAUGCGUGCGUGGAUGUUAGUUGAUCUUACGGUGUAUAUUGUGAUCUAUGUUCAAUUAUGUAUGUGCUCCUCAGAGAGGUGCUGAAUCCUUGUUUAAAGUCGAUAGGAGAUAGAGGUGCUCGGCAGCUCUCUGGUCAGGCUCCACAAGAACCUCGGUUCUCGUUGAGCCUGAACUGUGUGUAAGAUGAUUUAAUUGGUAUAUUUGGUCCUGUGUAUGUGUGUAAAUAUUGCAGUGUUUGAAAUCAGUGUUUACAGCGAUGACUUAGAACACUGACAUCUGCAUAAUUGCCAUGAACUGCAUUUUUACUAUUAUUUCUCUUUAUUUGUAAGCUUACAAUGUCAUUACCUGCAAAGAGAUGUGGUAGACCCCCUGUACUGUCCUGCUUGGAAAAGAAAAAGAGGAAGCAAAGUCUGGAUAGAAGAAGAGGGAAAACAAGAAUCUAUGUGGGAAAUCAUAUUGAUAGAUGGUUGACGCUUAAGGAAAAAUUGGAUUUCAGAAAUGAUGCAGAAGUUGCAGGAUUUUUACUAGAUUUAUAUGACAACUAUGACCCAUUGUCUAAAGCAUCAAUAUGUUCCCUGCCUGAAGAUGUGAGAAGAAUUACAGUGAAAGGGGAAAGAGGGUUGCCAGAUGACACUUCUUUAAUAGCAGCGGAUGGAACGUAUGACAAUGAUGACCAGUUGUCUAAAGAAUCUACUUGUUCUGGACCCGAAGAUGUAAGAAUCAUAACUGUGAAAGAAGAGAGGGAUUUGCCUGAUGACUGUUCAACUGAGACUGAUGACACGAACUCGAUCCCUGGCUCAACGUACCUUCACAUUCCAAAAGGAAGUGUUUCCAUGAUCAAGUUGAUGUUCUUGAGAGGACAGACCAGCAGGUCCAGUACCAGAAGAAGAGUGACAAAAGACUGGAACAAUGGCAUGUUGACAGGCAGGAGGACAGGCUGAGGUUUGCUGUCCAGGUGGAGGACAGGUUUCAACUAGGGAGCAGGCACUUGCAAAGCAGUGCCUGGCAUAGGAAUGGCGGCUAAGGGAGGAGGACAAUGCUCAACAGAGAGAACUGUUUCAGCAACUCCUGUCCAUACUGGCUGCAAGAGUACUAUCUCCAGCUGCCUCUCCAACUCCAUGGCAUGAUGUUCCUGCAACAUACCCUCAGUCCAGCAGUAACUUAGAUAAUUCUGUCAGGUGGCCUAUGCAUUCAGGACUCGUGAGUGGCUGGGCAGGGCAACUAAACCCUGUGCAGCCUUCCUUCAUCAAUCCCCCCUCUGGAGGAAACCUCCACCACCCCUGCCGCCUUCAAGUGGUGGAAAUCUUCCUCUCCCCUCCCGCCCCCCCACACCACCACCACCACCAAGUGAGGGGGAAAUGUGUAAAGAAGGGACAGGAGAAUGUUGGGCCAGGGAACAUGUAGUGAUAGGGGGAUUAUGUCGUGUAUUAACUAUUUCCUGCCCUUUUGGAUGUGUGGUUUUGGAAUGGCAGCUGG